AUGAAGCUUCAAAAUUUGAUUGGGAAAAUUUAUCUCGACCUUCUAACUUCGAAACUUCCCUUUUCAGCUUCAAAUGUUGGCCAAUUAGGAUAUGACAUUUCUUGGGCAUCAUUUAAUGUGAUCGAAGUUAUGGCAUCUACAAAAUACACUGAAAAACGAAUUGGUUAUUUGGCAGCCGCUCAAAGUUUUCACGACGAGACUGAAGUUUUGAUGUUGACCACGAAUUUGAUUAGGAAAGAUGUGAAUAGUUCGAAUAUGUAUAAAAGUGGUAUUGCACUUGGUGGAUUUUUUUUGUUUCAUUACUCCUGAUUUGGCAAGAUAUAUUGCUGCUGAUAUUGUAAAUUUGGUGAGGACUCGAGUUUGAUUUCGAAAAAAUUGAAUUUGAUGUUUUCAUUCGGCCGCAAUUUUCUCAUUCUCAUUCAUCUCGCGUCAUCCAGUUGUUAUAUUUCCACGUCUCAAAGAAAAAUUAGAAGAGGCAGAUCCGGGAUUUCAAAGCUGUUAAUGUGAUUUGUGAAUUUGCUCGAAAAAAUCCGAAGAAUUAUUUUACUCUUGCUCCGGUAUUUUUCAAAUUAAUGACAACGAGUAGCAAUAAUUGGAUUCUUAUUGAAAUUAUUAAAUUGGUGAGUAUUCAUUUUUAUUAGAAACUUAAGUUCUAUAAUUAUGACUUGUUUAGUUUGGAUCACUUUUUCCUUUGGAGCCAAGACUUGGAAACAAAUAACUGGAACCUUUGACAAAUUGGAUAAAUAGCACAUCUGCAAUGUCGCUGUUAUAUGAAUGUAUCAAUACAGUAAUUGCUGUUCUGAUAAGUAUAUCUGCUGAAGGAUCAUACUGCAAGUAUUCAACUUUUUUUUCAGAAACUUGAAGUUCUUAUCGAAGAUUGAGACCAAAAUUUGAAAUAUCUUGGACUUCUUGCGAUGGGAAAAAUCCAAAAACCCAUCCAAAAGCAGUUCAAGCACAUAAAGAUAUUGUAUUGAGAUGUUUGGAUGAUAAAGAUGAAAGUAUUCGAUUAAGAUCACUUGAUUUAUUUUAUGGAAUGAUUUCAAAGAAAAAUAUUGUUGAAAUUGUGAAGAAAUCAGUGGAACAUGUUGAAGCAGCUGAAGGAUCACAUUAUCGAGAUGAAUUAUUGUCAAGAAUAAUUGGAAUAUGUAUUUGUAAUAACUAUCAAUAUAUUACCAAUUUUGAAUGGUAUAUUUCGGUAUUAGUUGAAUUGACAAAAUUUGAAGCAACUAAACAUGGCGCAAAAAUUGCUGAACAAAUUAAAGAUGUGACAGGUCGUGUUGAGUCGAUUCGACAUUUCUCGGUUUCUCAAAUGGCAUUAAUUGUUGAAAAUGCUCAUGUUUUAUUGGCUGGAAGUGCUCAACAAAGAAGUAAUUUGUGUGAAGUUUUGUUGGCUGCCGCUUGGAUUUGUGGAGAAUAUAGCCAGUGAGUUGAGAUUUUAUAAUUUUUAGAAUUAUUAGAACUCGGAAAUUGGACCAAAAGCCAAAAUAUAAUCACAGACUUUGGAAUUUUUUUGAUUUUUAAAGUUCGGAAUUUUUUGAAUUCUGCAGUUCAUAUCGGAUUCACAAUUUUCCUUUUUUUCAGACAUGUUCGAAAUCGAAUUCAUCGCUUUUAAGUCAAGCAGAAGAAGAAAAUGAUGAUUGGGAUGCAAUUGAAUCACUUGAUAAUUUGAUGCUCUCCAAAUUUCCACAAUUCGAGUUAUCCGAACAUUCUCAAGAAAGAGCUUGUACAUUAAUGACGAUUAUUCGAAUUGCUGAAGGAUUGCAUCAGAAAAAAAGAGAAAAUGGAUCAUGA